ACACACACACACACGCAGACACACACACAUGCACACGCAUCCACACACACACAUGCACACGCAUGCACUGAACACAGAAACGAGGCAGGCCGCUUCAAUUAGCGCUCCUGCGACGGAUCCCCGGUGUGGACAUUUCUACUGUUCCAUUGGAUUCUCUCUCAUGUAGCUCGUUUUGCGCAUAGAGCACCGGGACGCUGCUGAGGUGUGUUUCAACCAAAUUGAGCUUUAUUUUUCGGAGAUGAAGACAACCGCUCGGUGAAUGGGAAACACCAACACGGAGGAGGCACUGCUACCUUUCCCCCAUCCCGACACACACACACUCACCCUUCUGUUGGACACAUUUGCGCAGCAGCAGCAGCAGCAGCAGCCGAGGAGGAGGAGGAGACCGGAGACCGGAGCCGGUGUCUGCCGGUAGCGCGUCGUCUGGGAGGAGUAGUGGAGGAGUAGUGGAGGAUGGAGGCGUUUUUCAGAGAGGGGGCCCGUGUUUGGGUCAGAGAGAAGGAGCAGCUGGUUCCCGCCACAGUCAACUCCUGCGGAGAUGGAACGCUUGUCGUCUCGACCGACUAUGGAGGGGUAUUGUACCUGCAGACGGCUGAGGUUACCAGGGAGCAGGUGUACGCUAUGGACCAGUCCAGCAUCGACGGGGUGGAGGACAUGUCGGCACUGGCUGAGCUGCACGAGGCCGCCAUUAUGCACAACCUGUACCAGCGCUACCAGAAGGAUAACAUCUAUACCAAUAUCGGCAGCAUCCUGGCGGCUGUCAACCCCUACAAGCAGAUCCCAAAUAUGUAUGACCAAGAGAGGGUGGACCUGUACUCCAAGCACCAUAUAGGGGAGCUACCUCCGCACAUCUAUGCCGUGGCCAAUGAAUGCUACCGCUGCAUCUGGAAACGCCACGACAGUCAAUGUGUCCUCAUCAGUGGUGAAUCAGGCGCGGGGAAAACGGAGAGCACUAAACUGUUGCUUCAGUUCCUGUCGGUGAUGAGCCAGAACUCAGCCGGGACGCCUCCAUCAGAGAAAAGUACACGAGUGGAGCAGGCCAUCGUACAGAGCAGUCCGAUCAUGGAAGCGUUUGGUAAUGCAAAGACGGUUUACAACAACAACUCCAGUCGCUUUGGGAAAUUCAUCCAACUUCACUUCUCUGAGGGCGGCAACAUCCAGGGAGGCUGCGUCAUUGACUAUUUACUGGAAAAGAACCGAGUGGUGCGACAAAACCCUGGAGAACGGAACUACCACAUCUUCUACGCUCUGCUGGCAGGAGCUAGCAAAGAGCAUAAAAGCCUGUACUUCUUGGAGGAGCCUGUCGAAUCUUUCCACUACCUCAACCAAUCAGGAUGUAUGAAGGACAAGAGUCUGAAUGACAAAGAGCUAUAUAUCAGUGUUAUGGAGGCGCUGAAGGUGUUGGAGUUCUCAGAGGAGGAGAUCAGAGACAUGUUUAAGCUGCUGUCUGGAGUCUUACAGCUGGGAAACAUCGAGUUCAUGACUGCAGGAGGAGCCCAGAUCACCACCAAGCAAGUGGCCACUAAUGCCAGCGAGCUGCUGGGCCUGGACGCCUUCCAGCUGUCUGAAGUGCUGACUCAGCGUUCCAUAAUCCUCAGAGGAGAGGAAAUCUGCUCGCCACUCACGAUAGAACAGGCCGUGGAUUCCCGGGACUCUGUUGCCAUGGCGUUAUAUUCCCAGUGUUUCUCCUGGAUCAUCCUCAAGAUCAAUCAGAAGAUCAAAGGGAAGGAAAACUUUAAAUCCAUCGGCAUCCUCGACAUCUUCGGCUUUGAGAACUUUGAGGUGAAUCGGUUUGAGCAGUUUAACAUCAACUACGCCAACGAGAAGCUUCAGGAGUACUUCAACAAGCAUAUCUUCUCCCUGGAGCAGCUAGAGUACAACAGGGAAGGUGUCCAGUGGGACGCCAUAGACUGGAUGGACAAUGCAGAGUGUCUCGACCUUAUAGAGAAGAAACUGGGCUUGUUGGCACUCGUGAAUGAAGAGAGUCGAUUCCCCAAAGGAACUGACUUCACUCUGCUGGAGAAGUUGCACAGCAGACACUCUACGAACCCUUACUACGUCAAGCCCAGACUUGCUGAUCAUCAGUUCGGUAUCAAACAUUAUGCCGGGGAGGUCCUGUAUGAUGUAAGAGGGAUCCUGGAGAAGAACAGAGACACCUUCAGAGACGACAUUCUCAACAUGCUCAAGGACAGCAGACUGGACUUCAUCUACGACUUGUUUGAGAAGGUCGGCAGCAGGAACAAUGAGGAAAAGAUGGGAACGGCCAGACGCAAACCCACCGUGAGCUCCCAGUUCAGGGACUCCCUCCAUGCUCUCAUGGCUCUUCUGAGUGUUUCCAACCCGUUCUUCAUUCGCUGCAUUAAGCCCAACAUGAAAAAGAAUCCCAGUGUGUUUGACCCAGAGGUCGUCCUGAACCAGCUGAGGUAUUCUGGGAUGUUGGAGACUGUGAAGAUCCGUCGGGCCGGCUUCCCCGUCCGCAGAACUUUCAAAGAUUUCUACAAUCGGUAUAAAAUCAUUCAGAAAGAGAAAUCAUCAUCAUCAGCAGCAGCAGCAGCAGGAGAUGAUAAAAAGAGAACUACAGACCUUCUAACCAAAUUUGACAAGACCAAGAAAGUGUGGCAGUUGGGCAAGACCAAGGUGUUCAUGAAAGAGGCUCUGGAGCAGCGUUUAGAGAAAGACAGGGAUGAAGUCCGACGCCAAGCUGCCAUGAUAAUUCGAGCCCACCUACUCACUUUCUCUGCCAAGAAGCACUUCAAGCUUGCACGAGCCAGCGUCGUCACCCUCCAGAAACAUCUAAGGAGGCACAUCCAACGCAGGCGGUACGUGAAGCAACGCGAGGCCGCGCAGGUGCUGCAGAGACACAGGCGAGGUCAGGUGGCGCGUACGCGGGUUCGAAAACUCAGAGAGGAGAAGAAGAAGAAGAGGGAGGAAGAAGAGAAGAAGAAACAGGAGGAGGAGAAGAAGACGGCGGGCGAAGGGGAGCAGGAGGGAGUGAAUGAAGGAGCAGAGAAAAAGACAAAAUCGUCAGAGGCAAAAUCAUCAGAGGCAAAAUCGUCAGAUGAUAGUUCUACCCCAGGUGAGGCCCAGCAGAUGGAGGAGAUCCUGCAGUUGGAGCGAGAGAUCGAGCGUCUGCAGAAAAAGAGAGAAGACGAGGUGUCCCAACUGUGCGAGUCCUCCAAACAGGAGCUGCAACUGCGCCGCGACGCUGAGAUCAAACGGAUGAAGAAGGAGGCGUCCCGCAAGGCCACGGAGCUCAUCGACCUCCUGAACUUCAGCGGCGUGGACCCUUCGCUGGGAGCAGUUGCAGCCAAGCCCGCCGCAGAGGCAAAAGCUCCAAAAGCUGCAAGUGCCAGCAGAGGUGCGUCUAAAGAAGAGGAGGUAGACGAGGGGUUUCAUGCUGAGGAGGAGUGCAUCCCUCUCCCUGACUUCCCUCCUCCCGCAGAGACAGAUGCUCCCAUUGAUCAGGACAUAUUUGCUCACCUCCCUCCUCCCCCGCCUGCUUUCGCAGAGGGGACAGUGCCUCCUGCACCACCUCCUCCACCUCCUCCACCUCCUCUCCCCGCAGAUGGUGCGCCUGUCGUUGGAAUUCCUCCACCUCCUCCUCUCCCUCCACCUGGAGAUGGCUCCACUGUCCCUCCUCCUCCUCCUUCACACCCAGGAGAGGGGGAGAAAAAAGAUGGAGACUCGGAGAGGAAGGUGAGCAUGGUGGAGAGCCUGGGGGACGGGGAGGAGCCCAUCUACAGCAUGCCUGCAGACACCGAGUCAGAUUACGACCAGGAGGAGGAGGACGGGUCCGUCAACGCCGGAGACGACAGCUCUGUGUCCGGGAGCAACCGUGGCAGCACCGCCCCGACGGACGAGGAGCACCCGAGGAAGUCGACAUGCACCAACACCAGCCACGAGUCCUACAGAGGCAGCUCCGACUCUUAUGCAGACAGUGACGAUGAACACGAUGGCAUGAUGGACACUGAUGAAGAAGUGCAUAACGGCAGAGUGACCUUGCUUAAUGGAAAUGGACCACCGUAUUUCCACGGCUACCUCUAUAUGAAGGCUGGUCUGAUGAUCCCAUGGAGGAGGCGUUGGUGUGUGCUGAAGGACGAAACCUUCAUGUGGUUCCGGUCCAAACAAGAGUCUCUCAAGUCUGGCUGGCUCUACAAGAAGGGAGGAGGACUCUCCACCCUCUCACGGAGGUUAAACUGGAAGAUGCGCUGGUUCGUACUGAGGGACAACAAGCUGAUGUACUACGAGAACGACAGCGAGGAGAAGCUGAAGGGAACCAUCGACAUCCGAGCUGCCAAGGAGAUAGUGAAUAAUCAUGAAAAGGAGAACGCUCUGAACCUUGUGACGGAUGAGAGGACUUAUCAGGUGUUUGCUGAGUCGCCCGAGGAUGCGAGUGGGUGGUUUAAUGUGCUCAGUAAAGUGCGUGUUUGCACUCCUGAGCAGCUGCUGGAGAUGUCUCAUGAACAGGCCAACCCGAAGAACGCUGUGGGAACUCUUGACGUGGGGCUGAUUGACUCUGUUUGUGCUUCAGACAAUCCUGAUCGGCCCAACUCUUUUGUCAUCAUUACGGCCAACCGUGUGAUCCACUGCAACAGUGACACACCGGAGGAGAUGCACCACUGGAUCAGUCUGCUGCAGAAGCCCAAAGGAGACGCCAGGAUAGACGGACAGGAGUUCCUCGUCAGGGGCUGGCUCCAGAAGGAGAUGAAGACGAAUGCUAAGAGCACCUCCCUGAAGCUGAAGAAGCGCUGGAUUGUUUUGACCCACAACUCCCUGGAUUACUACAAGAGCUCGGAGCGAAACUCCUCCAAGAUGGGAACUCUGGUCCUUAACUCCCUCUGCUCCGUCAUUCAGCCGGAUGAGCGAGUGCACAGAGAGACAGGUUACUGGAACGUCAUCGUGUACGGGAGGAAGCAUUCCUACCGCCUCUACACUAAAUUGCUUAAUGAGGCCAUGAGGUGGACGGCUGCCAUACAGGGAGUCAUAGACAGCAAGACCCCCAUAGAAACCCCGACUCUGCAGCUCAUCAGAGACAUCAAGGAGAACAGUGUGAACCCAGACAUCGUGGAGCAGAUGUACAGGAGGAACCCCAUCCUCAGAUACACUCAGCAUCCUCUGCACUCCCCUCUGCUGCCGCUGCCUUACGGAGAGGUCACCAGCCUACAAAGGCAGCAGGGCUAUGCCAGUCUGCAGGAUGAGGCGGUGCGAGUUUUCAACUCGCUGCAGGAGAUGGAGACGCUGGCGGACACGGUGCCCAUCAUUCAGGGCAUCCUGCAGACCUGCCAGGACCUGCGCCCUCUCAGGGAUGAGGUAUAUUGUCAGGUGAUCAAGCAGACCAAUCACGUGCCUCAGCCUAACAGCCCAGCCAAUCGGGCACACUGGCAUCUGCUCACCUGCAUGAGCUGCACCUUCCUACCCAGUCGAGUCAUUCUCAGAUACCUCCGCUUCCACCUCAAGAGGGUACGAGAGCGCUAUCCCGGCACGGAUAUCGAGCGUUACGCCAGUUUCAUCUGGGAAUCCCUGAAGAACACCAAGUCUCGUGAGUUUGUUCCCUCUCAGGAGGAGAUCGCCGCCCUGCUGGUGAGACAGGAGAUGAGCACCACCGUCUACUGCCACGGAGGAGGCUCCUGCAAGAUCUCUAUCAACUCACACACCACAGCUGGAGAGGUUGUGGAGAAGCUGAUCAGAGGUUUGGCCAUGGAGGAGAGCAAGAACCUGUUUUCUCUGUUUGAGCACAACUCCUGCACAGACCGAGCUCUGGAGAGCAGAGUGAUUGUGGCCGACGUUCUGGCCAAGUUUGAAAGGUUGGCAGGCAGUGAGGAAGAGGAGGAGGAAGGAGAAUGGAAGCUCUACUUCAAGCUCUACUGCUUCUUGGACGUAGAGAGCAUGCCAAAAGAAGGAGUGGAGUUUGCUUUUAUGUUUGAGCAGGCUCACGAGUCUUUGAUAAGCGGUCACUUCCCGGCCUCAGAGGAGACUUUGCAGCACCUUGGCGCUUUACGCCUCCAGUAUCUCCACGGCGAUGGGGCAGGUCGGGCCGGGUGGAACCUGGGAAGCGUUUAUCCAAUCGGACGUCUCCGCAAUCGCAUCCUCCACUCCACCAAGCCGGGCGUAGGGGCGGGAGGUGGAGCCGGAGGAGCUGGAGCAGGAGCAGGAGAUGGGAAGGGAGCGGUAGGAGGACCGGGAGGGCCCGGGGUCGGGGUGGAGAAACGAAGGACCCCGAGUUUCCUGGACGGCACCCUGAGGAGAAGCUUCAAGACCGGGUCACUAAAGAAGCAGAAGGUGGAGGAGGAGCAGAUGCUGGAGAUGUGGGUGAAGGAGGAGACGUCCGCCACGCGGACCAGCGUUCUGGAGAAGUGGACCCGGCUGCAGGGCAUGCCUCAGCAUCAGGCCAUGCUGAAAUACAUGAGCAUCAGCAAGGAGUGGCCUGGAUACGGAUCUACUCUGUUUGAUGUGGAGUGUAAAGAAGGUGGUUUCCCUCAUGACCUGUGGCUGAGUGUGAGCGCUGAAAACGUGUCGGUGUAUAAACGGGGUGAUCCGAAGCCACUGGAGACCUUCCAGUACGAACACAUCACUUUCUUUGGGGCUUCACAGCCCUGCACCUACAAGGUCAUCGUGGAUGAGAGGGAGAUGUUCUUUGAGACGCCACUGGUCGGGGAGAUCACCAAGAUCAUGAGGGCCUACAUUAACAUGGUGGUGAAGAAACGUUGCAGCACCAUGUCAGUGACCAGCAUAACCAGUUCCUGGGCCAGGUGAUCAGCCACCAACCAGUCAGAGCCCUCGGUUCAUCCAGCGGCAACAGAUGCCUCGGCCCCCUCUGCAUUGGUUGGUUGUUUUUUUACGGAGGCAGUCGCACCAACCAGCUAUUCCUCAAGGAAGAGUGGUGGAUGAUCGGACGGGGGGGGGGGGGGGGGGGGGGGGAAGCGAGAUAGAAGUGGACGCAGAAGCCAAACGCACACUCUACUGGCCUGGGUCUCACUUGGGAUAGGGGGGGGUAUUUAAUAAUGUGCAUGACAAAGAAAACAAGCUUUUGGGACGGUCCUUUCAAAUACAUAACCCGCCAGUUCUAGCCCUGCAUGUAGAUGUUCAAGCACACUCCACACUUCUCUCCGCUUCCCUUUCCGGACAAAACUCAGUAAUAACAAGCACAACUCAGCCGCCCAGUCCCAGUCUGUCCCAGCGGUGCCCCCCCCGACCCUCUACCCCACCAAUCCACCCCCCAGUGCACUGCCAGACAGAAGAAAGCCACUCUUUCUCAGUUUUAAUCUGUUUCUUUCUCUCACUCCUCCAAUUUCAAGAGUCUCUCUCUUUCUCUUCACGUGUCCUCGCUCCUGUUGCACCUUUAUUUGCUGUUGGUAUUAAGUUAUUAUGCUAAAUUCUCGCUUUCUGCUUUCUCUCUGUUGUUCUCUCUCUGUCGUUUACCUGUAUCACAUCUGUCUGUGACUGAGAAAAAGACCUCGAUGAUGAUUCUUCUUCAGGGCUAAACUAAAGGGGGGGAAAAUGAGCUCCCCUGCCCGACAUACAGCAUAGUGUUCACUCGCUCACUCGUCAGUGCCACCGUGUGGCCACAAGAAGAAAACACAGCCAAAGAAAGUGGCUAUAAAUAUUUCUGAACAAUAUCAAAUAGAUAUUAUCGAGAAGAAAGAGCAGAGUUUUUUUGCUUCGGAGGCUCUCUGGUCACGUUUAACUUGACACGGAGUCAAUGGUGCAUGGUUAAAAGCCUCACUCGGCUUUACAAGGAGAACAAUAUCAACCAGAAUAGUACGAGACAAAACAUUCCCCUAUCUAUGUCUACAUAUAUCUACUGUAUAUUCACAUACAUGUACACAUAAACUGUAUUGUUUUGUACUGUAUAUCACACAUUAUAAGAGUUAUUAUGGAAUCUUUCGGUGGCCACUGCUGCACUGUACAGUAUAUAGACGCCAUACUAAAUGCAAUGUGACACCUCUCGUGUAAAAUACAUGCAAGUGAAUGGUGUUAAUAAUGACCACUGUAUGUCCGAAUAUGAUGCCAACACUGUAAAUCAUCCACUGGCUGUGCCAUUAAUGUGACUCACAGAGAAAUGAAUAGUAAAAACACAGACCAUAAUGAGAAAACGUGGUCAUGGUUCCACAGUGUUUUGAUGAUUUUGUUGUAAUCUGUGGGACUCACUAUAGUCUGCAGCAUCAAUUGGAGCCAUAAAGUAUUGUAUAUCCUCGUCUGCUCAUGCUAUUCUCACUUUAUUUCUUUACUAAGAUCAGUGACUUGAACAAUAAUGCAUAAGAGCUCCAGUUUGUCUGUGUUUCCAACCUGUUUAUGACUUUUAUUACUGAUACUACUAUUAUUACUGUACUGUAUGCCCUCUGCUAUCUUAACCACCCUGAAGUGCUGUGUCGGGAAUGCUGCUGUGUGUUUGUGUGUGUGUGUGUGAGAGAGAGUGUGUGUGAGACUGUAUUUAUGGUGUAACCGUUGGAAAAGAAAAGGGAAAUGAGAAAAAGAGAAUUAAGAAGUGAGUGUAUCCCUUAGAAAUAAGACGUAUUUAUAUGACUAGGCUUUGUCAAGAAUGGUGUCGUGAUUGUGAGUUUAAGGGAAAAGCAUGGGAUUAUUAGGGGUUAUUUAAUUCUUAUUGUACUGUGUGUAUUGCAAGGUGUGUUUGGGAGGAUAAUGUAUACAAAAUAUAUUGGAUUUUUUUAAAUCUCAGUGUAAGAGGAGCAGAUGAGACACUGUGAGGAUAUGGGCUCCGAGAUGGUUUCAAUUGUGCAGUCAUCACUGCUUUGUGUGCGUGCGUGUGCGUGUGUGUGUGUGUUUGGACUGAAAAUGAAGUCACUGUUCUGUCAUCUGACUCUGUGGCAUUGCAGGUAGACGGCAGCGUCCCUUAUGUAUAACACAUCUUUGUAAACAAAGUGUCCAAAUAUCCAGGGGGAAUACUUACAUAACCACGGAACAAAUACUGUCUAACAUCCAAACACGGCCCAAUUUGUUAUCUAAUUUGGAUUAGCAGAAGUUUCUAAACUAGUUUUUGUCAAUGUUUGCUCUGAAAACAGUUAUGGUUUGCCAGAUAAUUAAGUGAAGUUGAACUUCUUAUGGUGAAAUUGUCUAUCUGGAGUGCCACGUUCAGGGCCGUAGGAUUUUGGAAACACUGAGGUCAUGAGUCCAACACCUUCAGCGCCCAACCCAACCCUCUAGGAAAUUAGAUCAGACACCACAAAUGAUAUUAUAAUUUGGGAUUUUGCAGAUUUUAUCUAAAUAAAUAUAGCAAAAUUUACCUUUUCCAUUGUAGGAUUUAAACUCCCUUUACCACUUUUGCUAAAAUGCCCUAAAGUCCUAGAAAAAACACCAAGGUCAUGACCUCAGUGUCCUCAAUGGUAGCCACGGCCCUGACUGCAUACACACAGCCCACUGGGAUCCGGCCUGUAGAGUUAGAAUAAGCAGAACUCACUCACAGGUUCCUGUUUGAACUUUUGGUUCUUUUAGUUUUGGCUAAAAUGAGAGGAGAACCAGAGAACCCAUAAUAAGCCAUAAUUUAGAAGGAACCUGGAGCUGUCUGUUCUAGUUAUUCUACAUCUAUGUGGUUCUGUCUGUCACUGAUAUUACACUGAGUAAGAGGAAGUUGCCCCGUAUAGUUGCUGAAAUGUGAUCAGUGUGUCUGCUGAAGAGAAUUCAUGAAUUGAAGUUAGAUUUCUGAUCGCAAAUCUGUUUCCAAGGGCAACUUCAUCACAACGGGUCCUGUUAUCAGCCGCAGGCGGCCAGAGUGGGGCCCAUUCUUAUCUUAUGUUAUGCUUAUUAAUUAUCAUCAUUAACAUAGUAAAAACAUUGUGCUUGUUACAAAAAAGAAAAGAGAAAGAGAGAGAUAUGUGUGUGUUGUUCUUUUUUAUUUGUAACUGGCUUUACAAAAUUAUGCUUUAAUAAAUUAUUGGAGUUAUUGUCCUCUA